CAAUCAAUCCAAUCCCUCGCACACUCUUAUACGUGAUAGGUUGUCAGAGCCACAAGGAGUGACGCAGAAGAGGGGGCGGAGUUAGGGAGUCCUCAGGCGCCGUUUUGGAGAUCCUCAAGAGUUCACUGGGUGGUGACUUUGAGACCGGAGCGUCCGAGUGAGGCGUGUCUGGGAAUCACGUCACUUUUGAUGAGACCGGGUGUGCUGGAUUGUCUGGCUUCCGGUGAUUGGCGUCUUGGUGAUGGGAGCACUUAUUUAGAUAAUUACUCAGUGUGGAUCUAGAGAGUCAUUUUUUUAGACGUUACAUGAUUGUGAGACGUGUCCUGCAUAAUUCACUGAGUCUCUGAGGAUGGACGAGGACAAAAGUCACACGACAAAGAGGAUACUGAAUCUCACCCUGGAGAUUAUCUACCUGCUGACGGGAGAGGAUUACACAGUAGUGAAGAAGGCAUACUAUGACCAUCUGACAACCAUGAACUGUGCCUCUAUUACGGUGCCUCCACCUCAGUCACAGAUACUUGAGAGGCACGAUGACCAGAUAAUCCUGGAACUCACCAACAAGAUCAUUCAGCUGCCAUCUGGAGAGGAGGGGGAGUAUAUAGAGGAACACAGGGGUCUGUACAAGGACGUGAUGAUGGAGAAUCACCGGCCCCUCACAUCGCUGGAUGGUCCCAGUAACAGAGAUACCCCAGAGAGAUGUCCCCGUCCUCUGUAUUCUCAGGACUGUACAGAGGAGAAUCACAGGAUCCCACAGGAGGAUCAGGGUGAAGAUCUGGCUGAUAAUAAGAAAGAAAAUAUAAAGAGAGAAGAAGAGAUGUAUGUGACAGAUAAUAUGGCAGAAGAUAUCGAGGGAGAAGAAGAGACGUAUGUGACUGAUAUGAAGAUAGAAUAUUUAAAGGGAGAAGAAGAGACGUAUGUGACUGAGAAUGAAGCAGAAGAUAUAGAGGGAGAAGAAGAGACGUAUGUGACUGAUAUGAAGGCAGAAGAGACGUAUGUGACUGAUAUGAAGACAGAAGAUACAGAGGGAGAAGAAGAGACGUAUGUGAUUGAUAUGAAGGCAGAAGGUAUAGAGGGAGAAGAAGAGACGUAUGUGACUGAUAUGAAGGCAGAAGAUAUAGAGGGAGAAGAAGAGACGUAUGUGACUGAGAAUGAAGCAGAAGAUAUAGAGGGAGAAGAAGAGACGUAUAUGACUGAUAUGAGAGCAGAAGAUAUAGAGGGAGAAGAAGAGACGUAUGUGACUGGGAUGAAGACAGAAGAUAUAGAGGGAGAAGAAGAGACGUAUGUGACUGAUAUGAAGGCAGAAGAUAUCGAGGGAGAAGAAGAGACGUAUGUGACUGAUAUGAAGAUAGAAUAUAUAGAGGGAGAAGAGACGUAUGUGACUGAUAUGAAGGGAGAAGAUACAGAGGGAGAAGAAGAGACGUAUGUGAGGGGUGAUCAGCAGUGUAAGGAAGAGGAAAUCUCUACAGAAAUCAGCACAGCAGAUGGACCGAUGGGCAGGAAUACCUCAGAGGGACAUCUAACGUUGUUUCCAGACUUUAAAUUAGAAGAGAAGAACAUGACCCAGGAUUCUGCAGGAGGAAACCCCAUUACCCCAAUUAUAUAUCAUGUACCUCACAGUGCAGAUAUAUCAUCUAACCAUGAGGAGUGUGCUAUUAAUUUAGAUGGUACACAUAGUGCAGCUCCUACAGAUUCUACAGUCUUUCUCUCUUCUGAUUUUGGUGAAUGCUUUAAUAAUCAGUCAGUCUUUAUUAGACAGAAGAAGCACACACUUAACAAACAAUAUUCAUGCCCUGAGUGUGGGAAAUGUUUUACAUAUAAAUCAUAUCUUGUUAAACAUCAGAGACAUCACACAGGUGAUAAGCCAUUUCUCUGUUCUGUGUGUGGAAAAUCUUUUGUACAGAAAUCAGAUCUUGUUACACAUCAGAGAAGUCACACAGGUGAGAGGCCAUUUCCAUGCUCUGAGUGCAGGAAAUGUUUUACACAGAGAUCAUAUCUUGUUAAACAUCAGAGAAUUCACACAGGUGAGAAGCCAUUUCCAUGUACUGAGUGUGGGAAAUGUUUUACACAGAAAUCAGAUCUUGUUAAACAUCAGAGAUGUCACACAGGUGCGAGGCCAUUUCCAUGCUCUGAGUGCGGGAAAUGUUUUAUACAGAAAUCAGAUCUUGUUCAGCAUCAGAGAAUUCACACAGGUGAGAAACCGUUUCCAUGUUCUGAGUGUGGGAAAUGUUUUUCAAAAAAAUCCGCACUUGUUCCACAUCAGAGAAUUCACACAGGUGAGAGACCAUUUCCAUGCUCUGAGUGCAGGAAAUGUUUUGCACAGAAAUCAGCUCUUAUUAAACAUCAGAGAAUUCACACAAACAUCUACACCCCCACCACUGCCUUGGCCACUCCCUUGACCUUGUCUUCACCUAUCUCCUGCCCCAACCAGAUGGUCUUCAUCUACAACAUCAGCCUCACCUACAUGCUCAAUUCCAUUGCCCCAUCUCCUGUGUCCCCCUCCUCUGCUACAAAACCCAACCCUGGUUCGUCCACUCCUACAGCUCUGCCCUAUACCUUGCCAAGCAAUCCUUUUUCCAGGAACUCUUCUCGUCUCAAUCCUCCAAUCACCGCCGUAUGUUUGUUCACUGAGUCACUGAGGAUGGACGAGGACAAAAGUCACACGACAAAGAGGAUACUAAAGCUCACCCUGGAGAUUAUCUACCUGCUGACUGGGGAGGAUUAUACAGUAGUGAAGAAGACAACCAUUGACCAUCUUACAACCAUCAGCUGUGCCUCCAUCACUAUGCCUCCACCUCAGUCACUGAUACAUGUGAGGCACAAUGACCAGAAGAUCCUGGAACUCACCAACAAGAUCAUUCAGCUGCUGACUGGAGAGGAGGGGGAGUAUAUAGAGGAACACAGGGGUCUGUACAAGGACGUGAUGAUGGAGAAUCACCGGCCCCUCACAUCACUGGAUGGGCCCAGUAACAGAGCUACCCCAGAGAGAUGUCCACGUCCUCUGUAUUCCCGGGACUGUACAGAGGAGAAUCACAGGAUCCCACAGGAGGAUCAGGGUGAAGAUCUGGCUGAUAAGGCAGAAAAGACGUUUGUGACUGGUAUGAAGGCAGAAGAUAUAAAGGGAGAAGAGACGUAUGUGACUGAUAUGAAGGCAGACGAUAUAAAGGGAGAAGAAGAGAUAUUUGUGACUAUUAUGAAGGCAGAAGAUAUAGAGGGAGAAGAAGAGACGUAUGUGACUGGUAUGAAGGCAGAAGAUAUAGAGGGAGAAGAAGAGACGUAUGUGACUGAUAUGAAGGCAGAAGAUAUAGAGGGAGAAGAAGAGACGUAUGUAACUGAUAUGAAGGCAGAAGAUAUAGUGGGAGAAGAAGAGAUAUAUGUAACUGAUAUGAAGAUAGAAUAUAUAGAGGGAGAAGAAGAUACUUAUGUGAAGGGUGAUCAGCAGUGUAAGGAGGAGGAAAUCCCUACAGAUAUCAGCACAGCAGAUGGACAGAGAGGCAGGAAUACCUCGGAGGGACAUCUGACUUUGUUUCCAGACUUUAAAUUAGAAGAGAAGAACAUGACACGGGAUUCUGCAGGAGAAAUCCCCAUUACCCCAAUUAUAUAUCCUGUACCUCACAAUGCAGAUAUAGCAUCUAACCAUGAGGAGUACGCUAUUAAUUUAGAUGUUGGUACACAUAGUGCAGCUCCUACAGAUUCUACAGUCUUUCCCUCUUCUGAAUUUGUUACAUGCUUUAAUAAUCAGUCAGUCUUUAUUAGACAGAAGAAGCACACACUUAACAAACAAUAUCCAUGCUCUGAGUGUGGGAAAUGUUUUACAUAUAACUCAGAACUUAUUACUCAUCAGAGACAUCACACAGGUGAUAAGCCAUUUCUCUGUUCUGUGUGUGGGAAAUGUUUUGUACAGAAAUCAGAUCUUGUUAAACAUCACAGAAUUCACACAGGUGAGAGGCCAUUUUCAUGUUUUGAAUGUGGGAAAUGUUUUACACAGAAAUCAGAUCUUGUUAAACAUCAGAGAUGUCACACAGGUGCGAGGCCAUUUCCAUGUUCUGAGUGUGGGAAAUGUUUUAUACAGAAAUCAGAUCUUGUUAAACAUCAGAGAAUUCACACAGGUGAGAGACCAUUUCCAUGUCCUGAGUGUGGGAAAUGUUUUUCACAAAAAUCCUCUCUUGUUCCACAUCAGAGAUGUCACACAGGUGAGAAGCCAUUUCCAUGCUCUGAGUGCAAGAAAUGUUUUGCUCAGAAAUCAGCUCUUGUUAAACAUCAGAGAAUUCACACAAAAUGGAAGAGUUAUUGGAUCUUCAUGGAACCAAGAGGCCUAGUUCUCAGGCUAGCUUGGAUUCUGAUUAUGAGCCAGUGUCACCUAAGCUUGUUUAUAAAGAAGAUUGUCAGGAACUGUCUAGUAAUGAAUCUGACGAACCUCAGGAGAAAUAUCUUCAAAACAAUAAAUUAUAAGGAGCCUGUUGAGAAGGGAGAAGAUCAGGAUGUUCUUCUUGAGGACAGAGCUAAAAGAAAUAGAUGUUUUCUGGUACACAAAGCUGUUAAAGAUAUUAUGUCUAAAGAAUGGCAGAAUAUGGAUAAGAGAUUAGGCAAUAUCAAGAGAAUUGACCAUAUGUUCCCUCUUAAGGAUGAACAGGUGUCGAAUUGGUGUUCCAUACAUAAGAUUGAUGCUGCAGUUGCAGAGAUGGUAUCUAAGACUACCAUUCUUUUAGAUGAUGGAGCUGUUUUAAAGGAUGGUAUGGAUAAACGUAUGGAAAGUGCUUUAAGGAAGCUGCAUACUUCCUCAGCUGUGUCCCUAAAAUCAAGCAUUGCUAUUGCUUCCAUAUCCAGAGCAUUACGAAUUUGGGGAUCAACAAUGUCUGAUGACCUAGAGGAAGAAAUCUCCAGGGACUGCAGGAGUGGACGCUCUUUCCCUGACAUGGAGUUUCAGUCUGGGAUAUGUCUUUCCCCCAUUCCCGUUAAUAACUCAUAUCCUGAAGAAAAUCAUGGAGGAGAAGGUGCAAGUUAUAAUAAUUCUGCCCUACUGGCCAAGGAGAGUUUGGUUUCCGUCAGUGACCAGAAUGUCAAUGGAAGAACCAUGGAUAUUUCCAGUAACAGCAGAUUUAUUACGUCAGGGGCCAUUAGUUCAUCCAAAUCUGCGACAACUUUGCUUAUUGGCAUGGAUAUUGAACGGCAAUUACUAAGAAAGAAGAGUUUGUCUGAACAAGUUUUCCACACUGAUACUGAUUCUGAUCAGCCAGAUGUGGAUGAUGAUGAUAUGGACGAGGACAGUUUUCUGUCCCCUGGCGUGGAGGCCCACAUUUUUGCUAUAUGGGAGGUCCUUCACAUACCGGAUCCAGAGGCGGAACCGGGUGAUGCCUUGUUUGGAGACGAAUUGGAUAAGUGGAUCUCCCAAGCAAUGGCGGACGGUUCGGUGCGCCCCAUCUUGAACCUGAAGUCUCUAAACCCUUAUCUGCGGGUGUUUAAAUUCAAGAUGGAGUCUCUGAGGGCGAUGGUGUCCGCUCUGGAAGAGGAGUUCCUGGUGUCUCUGGAUAGAGGGGGCGGAUUUAGGGAGUCCUCAGCCGCCAUUUUGGAGAUCCUCAUUACUAGAAGAGAGAGUCUAUUUUUUUUUUUUUUUGAGAUUGUAAAACGCGUCCUGCAUAAAUCACUGAGGAUGGAGAAGAACCGGAGUCACACAACAGAGAGGAUACUAAAUAUCACCCUAGAGAUCAUCUACCUGCUGACUGGGGAGGAUUAUACCGUAGUGAGGAAGACAUCCGGUGGUCAUCUGACACCCCCCAGCUGUGCCUCCAUCACUGUGCCUCCACCUCACUCACUGACACAUGACCAGAAGAUCCUGGAACUCACCAACAAGAUCAUUCAGCUGCUGACUGGAGAGGAGGGGGAGUAUAUAGAGGAACACAGGGGUGUGUACAAGGACAUGAUGAUGGAGAAUCACCAGCCCCUCACAUCACUGGAUGGACCCAGUAACAGAGAUACCCCAGAGAGAUGUCCCCGUCCUCUGUAUUCCCCGGUUUGUACAGAGGAUAAUUACAGGACCCCACAGGAGUAUCAGGUUGAAGGUCUGACUUAUAUUAAAGUAGAGGUUGUAGAGGGAGAAGAAGAGACAUAUGUGAGGGGUGUUCAGCAAUGUAAGGAGGAGGAAAUCCCUACAGAUAUCAGCACAGCAGAUGGACCGAUGGGCAGGAAUACCUCGGAGGGACAUCUGACUUUGUUUCCAGACUUUAAAUUAGAAGCGAAGAACAUGACACAGGAUUUUGCAGGAGAAACCUCCAUUACCCCAAUUAUAUAUCCUGUACCUCAUAGUGCAGAUAUUUCAUCUGAUCCCUCUAACCAUGAGGAGUGUAACAUUAAUUCAGAUGUUGGUACACAUAGUGCAGCUCCUACAGAUGCUACAGUCUUUCCCUCUUCUGAAUUUGUUAAAUGCUUUAAUAAUCAGUCAGUCUUUAUUAGACAGAAGAUGCACACACUUAACAAACAAUAUCUGUGCUCUGAGUGUGGGAAAUGUUUUACAUAUAAAUCAAAACUUAUUACUCAUCAGAGAAGUCACACAGGUGAGAGGCCAUUUCUAUGUUCUGUGUGUGGGAAAUGUUUUACACACAAGUCAGUUUUUGUUAUACACCAGAGUCUUCACACAGAUGAGAGACCAUUUCCGUGUGCAGAGUGCGGGAAAUGUUAUAUACAGAAAUCAGCUCUUGUUAUACAUCAGAGAAGUCACACGGGUGAGAAGCCAUUUCCAUGUUUUAAGUGUGGGAAACGUUUUUCACAAAAAUCCGCUCUUGUUCCACAUCAGAGAAGUCACACAGGUGAGAAGCCAUUUCCAUGCUCUGAGUGCGGGAAAUGUUUUGCACAGAAAUCAGUUCUUCUUAGACAUCAGAGAAUUCACACAAAAUGAAAACCGUAUCAUUGAACAGACUGAUAUGAAAGGGAAUUGCAGUAAUCUAAAUACUGUAAAAGACUUUGAUAUUGAAAUUUACAACUGGAUUACAGAGUGUACUCUCAAAGGUAUAUUAACAUCACCUAUCCAUUAUGGAGGGCAUUUCAAUAUUCGAGUCAUUCCCUCCCACACACAUAGGAGGAAUGUGCGCCAUCGCCAUAAGACUGGAACAGAGUGCACAUGUAUGGAUCUUAUUGCAAUCUACUUUUCUGCACGGUUCAUAGGGUAUCCACAGGAUAACAAUGGAAUAAUAAGAAUUUACUCAACGGUAAUUCUAUUUCUCGUAGUCCGUAGUGGAUGCUGGGGACUCCGUAAGGACCAUGGGGAAUAGACGGGCUCCGCAG